GCGUCCGUCCGUGCGCGACAGUCGGGAAGAUGCGUCAGAGAGCGCUCGAUCGUUCCGCGUGACGAGUUAAAGGGACGGCGAGGAGGCGCCCGUCAGCGAGCGCCCGUUUACACGUAAUCCGUUCGCGAUCGCACGGGGCGGCGAAUCGGCGAUUAUGCAGCCUCGUUUGACGCGCCUGUGUUGCCGUACAAUCAGAUGAAGGAGCCCGACCUUCGUUCUCCGACAUCACGACUCGACGAUCGGAAUGGUUUCCCUCACGCGGCUCUCUUUCGUCGCGCUUCUCUGUGCGGUUCUGUCGCAUACGGCAGGGUCGCGGGUUAUCGAGCUGAGUGAUAGAUUUCUGGAUGCACACAAAGAUGGACAAUGGCUAGUUAUGAUGUAUGCACCAUGGUGUGCACAUUGCAAAAGAUUGGAACCGAUCUGGUCUCAUGUUGCUCAACACUUGCACGCAACGUCCAUACGAGUGGGCCGAGUGGAUUGCACUAGAUUUACCAGCGUAACGAGUGCAUUCAAAAUUAGAGGAUUUCCCAGUAUUUUAUUUUUAAAAGGCGAUCAGAAAUACGUAUACGACGGCGACAGAACUAGAGAAGAAAUAGUGAAAUUCGCUUUAAGAUUAAGCGGUCCUCCCGUGCAGGAGAUAACGAAAACACAGAGUUUCGAUACCAUAAAGAGAGAACACGAUCUCUAUUUCCUGUACGUAGGGGACAGAUCUGGAGUUUUGUGGGAGCUUUAUCACAAGACUGCGAACCUAUUUCAAGCGCAUGCAUUUUUCUACCAAUCUCAUCCGAGCGUCGUGAAUAAUCAUGCGCCUGUAAACAACGUUCCGGCGUUAUUCGUCUACAAGGAGAGUUUGCAUUAUAAUUUCACCGGACAUAACUUGAGCGACACGGUACAAGUGAACGAGACGCUUUACAAGUGGGUGAACGCAGAGCGUUUUCCAACGUUCCCGAAAGUAACCAGAGGAAACAUACAUCAAUUAUUCUUGACAAAUAAGAAUCUCGUUUUAGCGGUGGUGGAGGAAAAUCAGUUGGAAGAGGUUACGCCUGACAUGUUGGAAUUCAGAGAUAUGGUUGAAUCUGUGAUCAAGAGUAAACGAGACAAGUAUCACGAUCAUUUUCAGUUCGGUUGGAUAGGCAGUCCCAAUCUAGUCAACAGCAUAGCGAUGACGGCAUUACCUGUACCGAGCUUACUUGUGAUAAAUACAAGUACCCAUCACCAUCAUAUUCCUGAGGAUGAAACAGAAAAACUAACUCCAUACGUGAUAGAAUUGUUCCUAGAGCAGAUACGCAACGAGAGCGCUCCGCGAUAUGGUGGGAACAAUUGGCUAGUACGUAGUUAUAGGAAAUGGUUCGAAAUGAAAACUAUGUUGACUACAAUGUGGAAGGGCAAUCCUAUUUUAAUGAUGGUACUGCUCGGAUUACCGUUUGGAUUUCUCUCGUUAAUAUGUUACGGCAUCUGUUGUCCAGAUUUGAUGGACGCGAAUGAUGACGAAGAUGAGAAUACCGGGACGUAUCAUAUGAAGAAUGAUUAAAAAAUAGUUACUAUUAAUAGGUAUAUUAUACAGAAUUCCAAGACACAUUUUUCAUUAUGUAUAUGUAUAGUGUAUAUAAACGCUUAUGAUUGUAAUAUGUUCUUAACAAAAAUUUGCCAAAGCAGUUUUAAGAUUGCGAGAAGUUUUAUACAAUAAUUCAUAUAUUUUCGACAUUCCAUAUAUAUUUUAUUCUUGAUCCAUUUCGUACAUACGAUGCUAAUUUCUUUUACGUGUUGUAUAUAUAAAAGAGAAAUUAUGUGUAUUCCUCCAGACAAUACGACCUACGGAAUUAAGCGAAUAUGUACACACUGGGAAAAUUUUGUCUUAACACAGCUUUAACAAAAAAAAAAGAAAAGAAAAAAAAAGAGUAUGUAAUAUAUAUCAAAAAUUUGUAUAUUAAACACAAUUGUUCACAUAGUUUGUAAAAUCAUAUUAAACAUCAAACUAAUUGGUUUUUGUAUAUGUAUGGAUAAAAUAAUAUUUAGCAUUGUGUGCAGGUUGUGCGAAAUGUUUGUUGUACUGUUGUAGACUGCAAGUGUGACUGUCAUUUCUUUUUAGAAUGGAAAAAUAAUUGUGUUUGCUGAAUGUAUUUAUAUGUAUACAAAAAAAAGAUCUAAAGAGUAAAUAUUUCUCCAGAUA